AUGCAAAAGCGGCACGAUAGUCCGAACGAUUAUGCGUUAGGGAAUUGUAUUUAUCCCUUAAAAGCCCAUAACGCCGAGUCCGUUCGUGAGCCAGGUCAUCUUGCAACUGUUCCGUUACACGGUUCAGCUCGUGAACAUCAAGCUGAUCCGACCCUCGAGCCGGAUCAAGUGUUCCCGCCGCCACCACAUCCUUUGGUGUACUCAAGUAGUGGUCAACACUUCCUGGUGGAGCGUAUUUUGAACCACCGCGAUGUAAAUGGCGUCCGGACGAGUUACCUCGUCCGCUGGUGUGGCUAUCCACCGGCGUGGAACAGCUGGGAGCCUCGUGCCCAGCCGAUCGGUGAUGUUCCAGGUCUCGUCGAGCAGUAUGACGAGAUCCACCCGCUGCGUUCGAAGAAGGGCCGUCGGAAAACGACCUCCCCGAACGCGACUACAGGGAUUGCAAAGUGUCGAACCCUUCCGCCAUCUCAGAAGAGAUGCGCGCCCUCCAGUAGGGAUCAUUAG